AUGUCGAUCCACACCUACGACCUCGAUGGCGACGGCUACGCCGACACGGUUCUCUCCGACUCCUACCCAUACCACACGGGCUACUACGGCGAUUCGUACGGAGACUCGUACUACGGAUCGGGAGGCGAAUUGUACGGUUACGAGGGAGGACUCGGGUUGGGAGGGUACGGGUACGAUGAGCCGCUCUGGGGGUACGAGGAGGGCUACUACCCGGACCUGUACGACUACACGAGCUUCGUCGACCACUCAAUGCCGCUGUACGACGCGUGGGGUGACGAUUCAUGGGAAGAGGAACAGUAUUUUCAACGCCAACUCGACCUCGACAACGCGCUCUCCGAGUCCGAACGCCUCCAUCGCUGGGAAGAACGUCUCGCAUGGGAAGAGCUGAACGAGGAGGAGCGGGCUUUGCGGUACCGCGAACUCGCAGCUGCUGGCAGUCUCGGUGUGCUCGGGCUUUCGAGCGGGUUCUGGGGACGUAGGUUCGGCGGGAGGGAUCUCGACUUGAGCUACUUGAGGAACGUCCCGCUCGAGCGGGGCUUGUUUGCGCCGAGCUACAGGUCGUCCUUCACCCGCUUUCCCACCCUCGCCCGCCGCUACUCGCCCUACUUCUCCCGCAACCGUUUCCGCGGUUUCGCUGGACCGCCGAUCAAUCCGUUGCCGAGCGCCAGCUACCGCUCGACGAGACUUUCGUACGGCAACGGCACGGGGUUGAGCCUGAGGGAGCAGGAGUUGAGGAGCAGGCUGAGAGUGGCGGAGAUGAGGGCUUCUUUGACCGGACUCUCGCCUGCUCAGCGUGCUCAAGCCCUCGACGACGCCCGCCGCCUUCGAGCCGAGCUCAACGCCGAGUCUCGCCUAGCCCGCGACAUCGACCGCGCCGAGCGCCGCACUGAUGCCCUCCUUGCCGCACGAGAAGCCGAAGCGGAGCGAAGGGAGAUGAGGGAGGAGAUGGCGGAGCAGAGGGGCAUCCAGCGGCUGGAGAAUGCGGCGGGGGACCUGAUGGCGCGUCCAAUGCCGGGCGGGUUCGUCGGAGGAGGAUACGGCGGGCGGUACUACUAA